AUGGAUGGAAACUACAAAGGAGGUCGAGGACCACAACCUACGUAUAGAUCAAUAAAUACCAAAUCACAGCGGACAGAAGAUCCUUUUGAUGAUUCGCACCAUUUGAAGUCGCCUCAUUUAAAAUCGUCAAAUGCGCAUUCUAAGGACGUUGAUCCAGAGAGACCAUCUACUGCGCGCAAUAGUCGAUCGAUCGAUAAUGAUGGCUCGGGGAGCGUUUUCCAAAAGUCUUAG